AUGUCUUCCGGCGGAAUGUUCAACAAUCCUAUAAUACCUGGCUUCAAUCCAGAUCCUUCGAUCUGUCGAGUGAACGAUGAUUAUUAUCUGGUGACUUCUACAUUCGAAUACUACCCAGGAAUUCCAGUAUACCACAGCAAAGACCUUUUGCAAUGGAAGCUCAUUGGUCAUGUCAUUACCAGGCAUGCACAGAUUAACAUGCGAACUACUGAGCCAUCUGGGGGGCUAUGGGCGCCAACCAUUCGUUAUCACAAAGGGCGUUUCUAUGAUAUCGUCAUUCCUCGUGGUUUCUAUGUCUCAACAACUGACAUUUGGGACUCAUCUUCCUGGUCUGACCCGACUUACUUUGACGUUCCUGGAAUUGAUCAAGAUCUCUUUUUUGACGAUGACGGCAAAGUUUAUUUCUCCGCGGUGAACAUGAUCAUUGAUCCCCGGGUCAAGAAGCAUGGCCUGGGGCUGGCUACUUUCACCGCAGAGAUAGACCUUGACAGCGGCCGAUGCCUCGGGCCUGUCAAAUGGAACCGAUUGUCAGAUUUCGGUAUUGGAAUUGCAGAGGGUCCUCACAUCUUCAAAAAAGACGAAUGCUACUACUUAAGUACCGCGGAAGGUGGCACCGAUGAAGGUCAUCAGCAGUGGAUUAGCCGCAGCACCACCGGGCCAUUUGGGCCAUGGGAACUAGGCCCCAAGGGGAGCGUGAACCCUGUCAUCUUCAACGACGACGAUCCUUCCAUUCGGAACACCGGACACUUGGACUUUAUCGAGACCCCCAACGGUGAAUGGUUUGCAGUAUUCCUGGGCGUCCGACCUCAAGGCCAAAACUCAGAAUUGAUUUCCCAGCUCGGCCGCGAAACAUUCAUGAGCCCCGUGGAAUGGGUUGAUGGAUGGCCAAUCGUCAAUAAUCGACAACCGAUCAGUCUUCAGAUACAUGCGGAAGGGAUGCAUCUUGUGACUCAGCCAGAGUCUUGGAGAGACGACUUCAAGGAGUCAACGCUCCAGCUUGGCUGGUAUCAUCUGAGAACGCCAUUGAAGAAAGACUAUUCAUUAUCCGCUUCCCCGGGAUGCUUGACCAUUUUUGGAAACGCGUACCGGAUCGAUGGAUCCGAAUGUCCCUCUAUGCUUCUGCAGAAGCAGACCAGCUUCUCAGGAGAGUGGAAAACCAGAUUGAAUUUCUUACCGACAGAGGCAGGCCAUGAAGCAGGAACGGCCAUUUGGUGGUCCCAGUUCGCUCAUGCGUCAAUUGGGUUGAGAAAACCAUUUGACGAAAGCAAGACAGGCCUUGAAAUAGUGGCGCGUUGUUACGAUGAGGACGCAGAUGAAUUCAAGGAAACUUUCCACCAACUGCCACUGAAAAGUCACACUGUUGAAUUUAUCAUCCGUGCAUUCCCUACAGAAUAUGAGCUGUGCUUCUCGGUGCUAGACGCUAACGAAGCUAGCACCAGUACCGUCAAGCUGGGCCAGAUAUCCAGCAAAGCACUGACGCACCGCGUAUCUGGAAAGGAAUCUCCCAACACUGGUGCCCAUUUCGCAAUCUAUGGACAGGGCGCGUAUGAUAAGCCGUGCUUUGACCCGGCGCGCUUCGAGUUUGUUGAAUGGAAUGUGAUUCCUGCCCGUGAUUAA